ACGUUCCAAUUUAAAUGCAUUCUCAUUAUUAUUCAUUGUCCAAAGUCAGGGAAGUGGGAUAUAGCUGAUUAUAGACUCCUGGGCUUUCAGAUAUAAGGACUGCUAGGACACCGGUCACUGGUGUGGAUCCUCCUUUGGUCACCCCUGACCCAAGUUCUCCAGGACUUAGUUAUUCCCAGCUCUGGUGACUGUGCUGCAUGAGGAAACCAGAAAUCACAGCUCAAGACUAUCCACAGCUCUGCAAGCCUCAGAGGUCGUGUGCGUCCAAGCAUGUCAGUGAAGUAUGAAGACAUCCAGCCCUUGGAGAGUGAAGAGAAAAGCCAGCGGUUUAGGAAUGGGCCACGUUCUCCUCAGUCCUUGCUGCAGCGUCUCUGGUCCGGACCCCACCUCCACCUGCUCACCCUGGGCCUCAGCCUCCUUUUGCUGGUCAUCAUCUGUGUGAUCGGAUCUCAAAUUUCCAAGCUUCAGUGGGACCUGUUGACCCUGAGAACAACUUCCCUCAACUUCACAUCAAGCACCAUGGCUGAGGUCCAGGCACUGAACUCCCACAGUGGCAGCUUGCAAGAAAUGAUAACAUCUCUUCGAGGUGAAGUGGAGGGACACAAGCAGGAGCUGCAAGCAGCCCGCAGCUUGAACGAUAAGGUGUUUACUCUGGAAAGCGAGCUGGAUAAACAGGUGCAGGAACUCAAAGCAGGUCUUUUCAACAUGCUCCUUCUAGUCCAGCAGCUGGCCAAUGAGCUGAAAUCCGUGACUUGCCAGAUGGCUGCUGCCAAGACCAAUGGCUCUCAGAAUACCUACUGUCCCUCUGACUGGGUGGAGCACAAAGACAGCUGCUACUGGUUCUCUCAUUCUCAGAAGUCCUGGUCUGAGGCUGAGGAAUACUGCCAGCUGAGUGGCGCCCACCUGGUUGUCAUCAAUUCCUUGGAGGAGCAGAAUUUUGUCCAGGAUAAUACAUGCUCCUUGCACCACUGGAUUGGCCUCAGCGAUUCUGAAGGAGUUUGGAAAUGGGUGGAUGGGACAGACUAUGACACCAACUUCAAGAACUGGGGUGAGAACCAGCCGGAUGACUGGGAUGGACAUGGCCUCGGUGGAGGUGAGGACUGUGCCCACGUCCGGACCAACGGCCAAUGGAAUGACGAUGUCUGCCAGACACCCUUCCACUGGGUCUGUGAGACCAGCUUGGGCAAGGCCAGUUAGGAGAAUCACUGGGUUACUUCCUGUUGACCCCCAGCCAUGGAAAUGGUGAAAAAAAAUUCUUCCCCAGAAAUUAUCCCUCUGAGGGAGAGGAAUAAACCUGGUAGACUGGCAACAUUGCCAUUAUUUUGCUUUUUUUCGUCCUUAACUUUAAGAAGACUAUAUGGAAUUCGUAAGUUUUUAUUUUUAUCUUUAAAAAUCAACUUUAUUGAGAUAUGAUUUUCACACAAUAAAAUGCACCUAUUUUUAUUUAAAGUGUAGA